CAGCCGUGCGCCCCAGCAGCUCGCCGUGCGCCCCUGCCCCAGGUGCCCACUCGCUCGCGUGCCGUCGGUCUGCGCCUGGGAGACCCGCAGCAGCGAUCGCCCGGAGCCACCCUGGACCGCGGCCUCGGGUCCCCCACACUCCAGGGGCGGAGCGAGGAGCCGAGACGUCAGGGCCGAGAACGAGCGCGGGGCGAGCGCGCCCUCUUGGCGGCUGCCCGCGUCCCACGUCCUCGGCUGGCGCGGGCGGCGGCGACCAGGAGAUGCAGUGAGCGGCGGCCCUGGGGCGAAGCCAGGCGGCCGGGCGGGUGGAGGCCAGAGGCUGAGCCCGGGCGAGCCCGCCGUGCGCACAGCUCUGCCCGCCACCCCCAGAACGGAUCCCCAGCCACCCCUCGGCGUUCCCCUGGGUUCUAGCAAAGCCCCUUGGGGUGCCCAUCAGUUUCCUUGGGUGACUACAGCGUGUGUUUUGUUUUUCUUUCCUCUCUCCCCUGCCUGUGUGCCCUUCUCCAGGAUGGCAGAGGCGGAAUUGCACAAGGAAAGGCUGCAAGCCAUAGCAGAAAAAAGAAAGAGGCAGACUGAAAUAGAAGGCAAGCGACAACAGCUUGACGAGCAGAUACUUCUGCUGCAGCAUUCCAAGUCCAAAGUGCUUCGGGAGAAAUGGCUGCUGCAGGGUAUACCCGCUGGAACUACCGAAGAGGAGGAAGCCAGGAGGCGGCAGUCUGAAGAGGAUGAGUUCAGAGUCAAGCAACUUGAAGACAACAUUCAGAGGCUGGAGCAAGAAAUACAAACGCUAGAAAGUGAAGAGUCCCAGAUAUCUGCCAAAGAGCAAAUCAUCCUAGAGAAACUGAAGGAGACAGAAAAAUCCUUCAAGGACUUUCAGAAGGGCUUCUCCAGUACGGACGGAGCUGUGUACGCCAUGGAAAUUAAUGUGGAGAAAGACAAACAAACAGGAGAGACCAAGAUUCUCUCUACAUCUACCAUUGGCCCAGAGGGGGUCCAUCAGAAAGGAGUCAAAGUCUAUGAUGACGGUACCAAAGUAGUGUAUGAGGUGCACUCAGGAGGCACCGUAGUAGAAAAUGGAGUGCACAAAUUAAGCGCAAAGGAUGUAGAAGAGCUUAUUCAGAAGGCUGGACAAUCAAGCUUGGGAGGAAGGCACGGGUCCGAAAGGACUGUGAUUGCAGAUGGGAGCCUCAGCCAUCCCAAGGAACACAUGCUCUGCAAAGAAGCCAAGUUAGAAAUGGUACAUAAGUCUAGGAAAGACCAUUCUUCUGGGAACCCAGGGCAGCAGGCUCAAGCCCCCAGCACUGCAGGGCCAGAGGCAAACUUGGAUCAGCCAGUCACUAUGAUUUUUAUGGGCUACCAAAAUAUCGAGGAUGAAGAGGAGACAAAAAAGGUGCUAGGCUAUGAUGAAACCGUCAAGGCUGAAUUGGUCCUCAUUGAUGAAGACGAUGAGAAGUCAUUGAGGGAGAAGACAGUGACGGACGUGUCCACUAUUGACGGGAACGCGGCCGAGCUUGUGUCCGGGAGGCCGAUCUCAGAUACCACAGAGCCCUCAUCCCCAGAAGGGAAGGAAGAGAGCCUAGCCACAGAGCCAGCCCCAGGUACCCAAAAGAAAAAGCGCUGUCAAUGCUGUGUUGUCAUGUGACCACUUCUUUCUUCUCCUUUCUUCUGGGCAGCCUGUACUCUCCACCACUCACGUAGACCUCACUGUACCACUAACUGCAAUACUGUGAACUGGAAGCAAACACCUGCCUUGCCUUGCAGUUGGAUUGCUUUGAUCUCUCUCAUUUUUCUCCUUUUCCUCACCUGAGAGACAACGUGCAUGUGUGUGCUUCAUUCUCUCCAAGAACUUGCUUUUCCUCUAAACCUUUCCUUGUGUCUUCAAGAGUGAAUCACUUCCUUCCUGCUCGAUCGGAAUGGACUCUUCGUAUCAGCCAGUGAUAUGGUAGCCUUAACUCACUUGACUGGAAUUGAACCCAUUGGCACUGGGGGUUUCAUUUUGUAGUGUGUUCCUGUAACGUAGUCACACACUGCCAUGUCCCUGGUUUCUCACUUGCCUCCUUUGCUGUGGAUCUUUGUUUUUAUAUCUUGUGUGGCAAAAUGCUCUUGGCUCUAGCUGGUUGCUAGUGUAGCCAAAAGUGGACCUUAUUUAGUCUGUCCGAUCUAGGGUGAUGCUUUUUGCUGCCUUACAUAAGCUUCCAGAUUACAGUAUUGUGCAUCUAUGGAUUUCUUUCUGUUCAAACUGAAAUGAAGUCGAUGUAGAAGAACCCAGAGCUUGUCACAGUUGAAAUGUAGGGACUGAUUCCAUAACCUGCCCAUCAGCAGUUGUCUCUCUUUCUAUGGUUUAACCUAUGAACCCUUUAUAUAAGAAACACCAUUUUAAAAUUUCUAAGGACAUGAAACAAACAUCAUUUUAAGCAUCAGUAGCAAUUGAUCUCCAAACUUAGGCAAAUUCUCAAGCCUUGUUUCUAUUCUCUUUAAAAAAAAUGUAAAUUUUUAUAUUGUUUCUUUUUUCAUGGAUAUUUUCUGGUCAUGCUAAUCUAUUUCCAAUGAGGGGAUCAUCUUGAGAAGUAUCUCUGCAGUGACCCUAUUUCUAAAACAGUCUUUCUGACCUACAGUGGUUGCCAUGAUGCUCCCACUUCAUCAUGGAUGGUGCUGUAAUGCAUUAACUGUUCAUCUCGUGCCCGGUUGACAAAGCCUUGCGUCUGUACUCUUUUCUUUCUGUCCCCAUGAGAAAGACAGUGUUUUAGGUGACUUCAAUUUGUAGGUUUAUGUGCCCUUCAAAAAAAAAAAACUCUUUAAAAACUUUGAAAAAUUAAGAGAGACCUGUUUUCUCAAUGUUAAGCACUUAAUUUCAUUUGACAAAUAUUAAUUGAGUGGCACAUAGCUGAGCUUUUUAGGGCAUUGUUUUUAAAAAAAACUUCUGGACAUCCUAGAAGAGCAAAGAAUAUUUUUUAUCUAGACCACAAUGAACAGUUUUUGAAAUACCUUCUCAGCAUUCCCCCAAAGCAAAGAGACAUAUAUAUAGUAAAACCAAAGCCAAACAAUUUAAUGAAAUAACAAUAAUAUAGUAAUGAAAUAAAGAUAUAACUGGUUUAAUAAGACUUAUCUUAACUUUAUUUGCCCAAACAUUUAUAGCAUUGUUAUGAAUUAUUCAUAAAAUUAUGUUCCAUAGAAUAUAGUUUUGAAAAAACAUAUAAUAUGCUUUAUUACAUCAAGUCUAAUCUCUGUGGAAAGUAGAUGAGAAAAAAAUAAGAUAGUCUUGAGAGAAUUUUAUUAUAGAACCUAUUAUAGACCUGUUUCUCUUGCUCAGUUCUAAAUCUAUUAUUAUUUUUUAAAUUUCUUGGCUUGAAAUUAUAUUUACUUCAAUAAGACAGGUAAAAACACCAGUUUUUACUUUUCAAAGUUAAUUUCCUGAAAUAAUUGCAUUUUAAUGAGCACAAAAUGGGUCGUUUUAUUAUACUCAUUAUGUUUACGCCUAUACAUAAACAGAAAAAGUUAAAGAAGAGAAAAAUAAAGGAGCUAAGUUCUGCUGUUGAGCAUGAUUCCAUCCAUGCUUGGUUUUGAAUAACUGAGGGAAAUAUCUCUAAAUCUCAGGUUCAUCAAAGCAGCUGCAAUUGAAUAAAACUGCUCUUUUAUUGAGAAACCUGGUUUGGAUGCCUAUAAGUUAGUUCCACUACUCUCAGCUUCAUUUUCCUCAGCACGUGGUCACUGAAGCAUCAUUUAGACAUUACAUAAAAUGGCAUGGAGGUAAACCUAUUUACAUAGAGGGAGAAAACCUAUUUACAUAGAGGGAGAGUUUCAAUGUCUUGGACAAUCUGUCAUUUUAAUGAUUUACUUAAGAAAGAAACAAUCUAAAAGUUUACCAUAGCUUAUCUUUUUUACUCCCUUGGGGAUUCCAGCUAUUCAAUGUGAGUUUUAAAAAAUUAAGCACAGUUAGUGAGUGGAAUGGUAGAACGUAGAACCCUUGAGCUUGCUGUUUGAUAAACAGAAUCAAUCUCCCAGGACAGAUAAUUCCCUGAAGUCACCUACCCUUUCAUAAGUAAACUAGUUACUCACAAAGAAAAGAUCUUCACAUCUCACUACAACACUACACACAAGAACUAAAAGAUUAAUGAUUAUCUGUAUUCUCUUCACUAAUUACUAUUAUGGGGGGAUAAGGAUUAGCAAAUUAUAUGAAUUUGAGUUUCUCUAUAUUUUUAUUAGUAAAGCUUAUCAUUUAAUGGACUUUGAAGUAAGAUGUGUUACCUUUAUUCAAGCUAUUUGCAGUCACAGUAAACGAAGGUACGUUUGAAUAUGGCAUAUAUAUUUGCAUAUGUCCCAUCAUUAUCCUGUCAUAAUGGGGGAUUCAGGCUUAGCCAGUACUUCUAUAGGACGAGACCUAUAAUCCGACCUAUAGCAGCAAGAAACUACCCUUCAUGAUGGUAGUGGACAUGGAGCUGUGAUUGUGAAUAUGUUGCCUUCCCUGUUGCCAUUGGCAUUUUCUCUGUAAAUGUUACUGUGUGUGGUAUCACACUUUCCAAAAAUGCUGGGUACUUGGUUACAUAAUCAGACUCACGAAAGAAUGAGUAAUGAAACUACAAAACCAUGAUCUUUUUUGAGCUAAUGAUUAGUUGGGCUUUCCUUUAAAAUCAUAUAAUCACUUCCCUUUUAAAUAGAAAGAGAAGAAAAAGAAAAGGAAGGGUAUUUCAUUUGUUUGUAAAUAGAUUUUCAGUGGCUUUUAAUGAAAGAUUCUUUAUGGUUAAAAUGAUAAAUUCUGCAUAUCUUGAAAAAUCAUAAUGCCUUGUGUAUUCUUGACUUCUUAAAAACAUUUUCUUUUAGUGUGCAGUAAGACAAACUAAGGGGAAUCUUUUCAGCUUGUAUCUCUUUUACCCAUAUUCUUUUCCUUACAUAAGCAAAAAAAUAAUAAUUGCCUCUAAAAGUGAGUUGACAGUGUCUAGUAAUGUCAUUUGAUAUUGGUGAUCGGGAGGAAGAGAAGGUAGGAAACACCCUUCUGGCCAACCCUAAAACAGUUUCCUUUUGAGCCUUCCGAGAGGCUUUCAGGAAACUCAAAUUCCAUUAAUUUGGUUUGGUUCCUUUCUGAAAUGUUAAUAGACAUGAUAUUUGCUUAAAAUGUCUACCUAUUCCAUUUAAUUUCCGGGUGAUAAAUGUAUUUUAUCUACAAGCAUGUAGAAUGUUUUGUUUUGGUUAGAGUCAAGGUUUUAUAAAAGGAGGGGAAACGUAGAGAGAGAGAGUUUCCUAGAAAUACAAUAUCAUCUCUAGAGCAAAAUGUUGAGGCCAAGUGUAAAAACAGACUAUUUCUCUUUACUUCCUACGAAUUUCAUUUCAAGGGACCACAGCACACCCUUGAAAAUUACCAUCUAUUUAAUGCCAGUGAACCAAUGAGUAGCAAAGGAGGAGGGAGGGAAUACGGUGAUAGAGACAAAAAUCUAACUACUAUACCAGAUCUUCCUUUGUAAGAAAUAUUAGCCCUGUCGAUAUGAAAUGAGAUGGACACAGACAGAAUAUGCGUUGAGGACUUUUUCUCAUUUACUUGAAAUCUAGAAGCUCAGUCAUCUCUGUUCAUCCCUGGCCCCACUGGAGAAUUUUACUCACAAACAGGUCCUUUUCUGGAAGAAAUACUCUCAUCUCCUGCAAUGUUAGUUUACAACAAAAACCAUUCCAAAGUGAGCAGUUUAACAUUUUAUUUUUGCCACAUGCACAUUUGCUAUUGAAACCACAAAUUCUCAGAAUAUGUAAGACAUAGGUUUCAGAAACUUUAUAAAUACACAAUCUUUCAGGUGCUCCUCAAUUUCUUAAUCAAGGUAUAUUGAACUCCAGUGAUUAGGCUAGAACCUCCAAGUAUCCUUGUCCUGUUGGAUACACAACACAGCAAGAGCACAGGGUUAUUCAUUUACGUAACAAAACAACGUAAGGAAUGAGGAGGAUGGGAUGUUGGAUUCCUGCUACCAUCAAUUCACUUCACAAAGGCCUUCUUCUGGUAUUACCAGGAAAACUUUCCUGCAUUUUCUAGAGAAAAACAAAAGUCAUUUAUUAGGAGCACAAUGCAGUUACGUAUCUGUAUUUUCAUAGCUUCAGCAAACUUCUUAAGAAAAUCCUCGCUUCAACAAAAACCAAAAUACUGAUUGUUUGAAUGUAGAAAGGUAUAGAAUAAAGACUACAUCCUGAAAGUUGCAAAGGGGAAUUUUACCAGGGCUCCUUAGACCAGCUUCCCCGGCAUAAUUUUUAUAUAACUUAAAUAAGCCUCUGCUUCCCCUCUCCCUUCCAGUCUAACAUAAGAAGAUCAGAAUUGUCACACAAAAAAACUUGCUUUCAAUAUGAAAAUAUAAUACAUAAUUUUGGAGACUGCAGACUUUCUGCAUCAAAGAUCUGACAGCCUUAACUUUUAUAAAAAAUAAUUUUUCAAUGUUCUCUUUUACUAACCAGGAAAACAAGAUGUUUUCUGAAAUUAAUGACUUUUUCUAUUUUGUGUCUGUUUUCUAAGUUUUUACAGGUUGAGGUAUAAAGGGUCAUCUUCUCAUAUUGCCUCUUCAUAAUCACCUGGGGCUAUUUUUUGCAAGUCACUGCAUUUUUACAAAAAAUAAAUAAAAAGUAUAUCUCACAAAUCAUAAAAUUCUCCCUAGACUUCAGACAGUCCUUCUGGAGUGAAAAAAUAGAAAUACAGAAAGAAAAGAAUUACAGGGUGGCUUUCUUUUUACUUUCCUAUGGUUAAUGUACUGUAUGGUAUAUAUGUUUACAGAAUGUAUCUGCCUUGUGAUGUUAACAAAAUGAAUAACAAAAAAUAGUACUGAUGUGCCAUUUGACAGCUUGCCUUAGCAUCACUGUUUCUGUUCUUUUCUGUCCUUUCAAAAAAACGCAGGUUGUAUUCCAAAGCUGUAUUAACACAACAUUCUCUUCCCCAUUCCUACCCAGCCUUCUUCAGAGCUGUGAAUUUCAUCAUAGGAGCAUUGAGGCAGAACCUUGCAGGUGUGGCCCAAAGGGGCUAAAGUGGGCAUAGGUUGUGAUGUACUUCUGCCUGUCUACCAACCAAACACGUAUCUGUGUUCUCAUCUGAGCCUGCAAAAUCACACCCUGACUUUCAGGGGACAGGCCACAUGGAGCGCAUGACCUCUGGCAGUCAUUUCCUCACAGUCCUUCCCAUUGUGAGAGAAGUAAACUUGCAGACCCCCCCUAUCUGGGUCUGGGAGCAUCAUUUUAAGCACAAUUGGCAUAGCUUGAAAAAGCAGGAGAGAGGGACUUGAAUUCUAUGACUGAGCCAAGACUGAGGAAUGUACCCAUUUCUUAUAGUCUAAGAUGAGUAGGAUGAUAGGGGUGGGAAUAGGAGUGGCUGUAGAAAUGGAAUAUUUUACAUUUAAGUAUUUUUUUAAGGAAUAGUAUUUUUAUAAUGAAAUCUAUAUGCAUUAUGGAGCUUGAGUUUGAAAACACCCUUGAUUGACUGAGCUACGUCUUCAUUCCAUUAAAGGUAACUUUCUGGGGAGUUCUAUAGCACUAGGCCAAGCCUUGGGGGCAUGAACUUGGCCUGUCGCUUGGCCUUGCACUGCCAUUGCAUGAGAUCCAGUGUUUCCAAAUAGGUGUUGGUUGAAAAAUUGAGCUUUCUAUACCUGCCAUUAGAUAGAUUAGAUAGACGGCUUGAUAGCUUUCUGGGCUAUAUCUUUAAUAAUAUAUAAUAAUAUUUGGGAAGGAGAUAGUUAUUUUAAAUGCAAGCAAAGCACAGAAACUAUCAAAGUCCAAAUCUUUCACAUAUUUAAGGACUAACUGCCACAUUUGAGGUUAAGGGACCACUCGCUAUGGUGCAUUUGAGAACUAUAUAUGAAACGGUGAGUCAGAGCCCUCUGAUCAUCUUCAGUCUAUGCAUAAGCAGAUAAACCACCAAUAGAAAUCUUCCAGGGGCUGGACAUGGUGGCUCAUGCCUAUAAUCCCAGCACUUUGGGAGGCCAAGGCAGGAGGAUAGUGUGAGACCAGAAGUUCAAGACCAGCCUAGGAAACAUGGUGAGACCAUGUUGUCUAGUCUCUACUAAAAAAUACAUACAAAAAUUAGCCAGCAUGGUGGUGCACAUCUGUAGUCCCAAUUACUUGGGAGACUGAGGCAGGAAGACUGCUUGAGCCCAGGAGGUAGAGGCUGCAGGGGACAGAGAUCUCGCCACUCUAUUCCAGCCUGGGCCCUAAUAGAGCUAGUCUCAAAAAAAAAACAAACAAAAAACAGAUAUAAUUGGCCUACCUGUCACAGGGCUGCACCGUAUUUUCAGAGUUAAGCAGAAAUAGGAAAAGAUUGUCUUUAUUCAUAAAGGAGAUUGUGAAUUUUUAGCGUUCUUGAAUGUUUUCACCCAAGUUUCUGCCAAAUUCCUGAAGUCCCAUCCCUAUCACACUCAGUUGCCUGAAGCGCUUUCCCAAUACCUGCUCCUCUGUCUGGCUGACAGAGUUAUCAUGUCUCAGAAACUACUUACCACUCUUAUGAGACUCUUCCCAAGCAUCAUCCUUCCUCAGGAUGAGGCCUUUUUCUACUACCCAAGAGAUCAAGACCCUUUUUCUAACAAGACAAGGUCAUAUAUACUCCACUUUCAAGAAAAAUAACCCCUCUGGUUCCCAUGCAAAUCAUUUAAAUUCCUUCAUCACCAGAAUCUCUCCAACAAGCCCAACUCCAGCCCUGCUGUGAACAUUGCUGUCCUGGAGACAGCUCCAAAAAUGAAAGAACUAUGCAAUUGCCUGAAGGUGCUAAUGGAGAGUCAGUUUAUUCUCUUAUUACUAAGGAAACCUCUCAGUUUUGAGAUUAAGUGGACAGGGAGACAUCUAGUCACUUAGUUUUGCAAUGACAGGUCUUGAUAUACACAGAGGUCACCAGGCAAUGCCUGAUCUGAACUAUUCUGUAUGUAGCUCCAACUUCAAUUCUGUGAUAUCCUAUUCUGGCAGGUGGGAAGAGUUCUAUCCUUGGCAGGGUUCUGGAACAUUCUUUCCUUCUCUCAAGCUCCUCACUUAGGAGAGUCAAAAUCAUACAGGGGUUCCAGAAAAUGUUGUGUCUGAUGCAGCUUUUCAGUGAAUGUAGGUUGUUGGUGAAAUUUUCAGCUUUAGCAUCUCACUCGGGGUGAGUGACGUCUCUGUAAAUACUUUCAUCUGUGGUUGCUUGGUGGGGGUGGGGGUGGGAGCCUGUCGUGCUUACUCCGAAUUAGCUUACUCAGCUAGCUGCUGUACUUUGUAACCUGAAGUGUACUUUGACUGUUCUGUUUCCUUCAGAUGAAAACAAAAUAAAAACCGACUUCAGAAAAGACACUGCCAGCGACAGCUGAUGCUGUACUUGUAGCUUCUCUCUGUUCCUCUGUACAGUAUUAAUAGACAAUAAACUGCCUUUUCACUGCAUCGA